UUUAACCGCAUUACCCAAAACACCUCCGUCUCUCUGUCGAACUCGCACACACAGAUAAGAGUAAUAUUCCUUUAUUGGUUACCUUGCAUAUUGCGCAUGCAAAGACCCGGACAGGUUGGCUACGAAUGCCCGCCGCCGCCCUCGUCGUCGGGCUCAUCGAAUGCUGGCGAUAAAAAGCAACAGAUCCAAAAUGUUGAGCUCAAGGAAAGAUCUUCGAAAUCGCUGCUCGCCAAUGUACUCGAUAUUGAUGAUGACUUUCGUUGCAAUCAUCGCUGCACCAGCGCCACAUUGCCACAUCAGCCCACAUACUAUCGGACAAUGUUCAG